UGUAUAUAAUUUUUAUAUAAUUAAUUAGUCCUUUGUGAAGUAUUUUAGAAAACAAAAAUGCAGGCUAUCAAGGACAAGUUUAAUGAUAUGAGCGCAAUGCGCAAGGCAAAAGCUGAAGCUAAAGAGGAGGAAAAAGCAGAGAAGGAGUUGGCAAAGACAAGAGUAGAAGUAGCACGUGAAGUAAGAUUGGCAAGAGAGGCAGAAGCAGCCAUGGAUUUACAUGUCCACAAAGCAGCAGAGAAGAUUGCAAAUGAAGAACAAAAGUAUGUUCAUGAUCAACCAGAAGGAGGAACCUUAGACCCUCAUGCUUCUAGCUUCACCAACCCUAACCUCAAUAAUGCUGGUACAGGACCAACAAACAAUCUACUUUAGAACCUUUUUUUUUUAACGGCGAAGCCAGAAAUUUCAGUAAGGGGAUUUAAAAUAUAAAUAAAUAAAGAAAAAUCAACACCUAAUAUAUAUUAUCUAGUGAAGUAUAUUCAGAUAAACCCCUAUAGCUCAUGUUUUUUUGUACUAGGUAAUUUGAUGCCUCUAGCUUGGUUAAUUUUUUUUAUUUGUUAUAUAAUAGAAGAAUAAGUGAAACAACUUUUGAUUUGGUUAUAGAUUUCAAUUUAAUUUGGCUUA